UUUUUUUCAUAUUAUCUUCCGAAAUCAAUUACGUACAAAUUUCCUAAAUCAAUUCCCUACGAACAACGCACUUCGAUUCAAAUGACCCACUAAAUGCAGCUUCCGAUCAGCGCAAACUCUUCUACAGUUGGAGUCUGCUCUUAAAUUGGGAUGAGAAGUAAGGAGCUUCCUUUGAAUUGGUGCUACACAGCUCACGUCUUCUAUUUUCACUGGGACAAGCAAUUGCUAAGAAAAGAUAAGGUUUUUCUUUUCUGGUGUUGAGCAAUUAUUUCUGCCUCACAUAUUAUCCCUUUCAUCCAUCCAAAAGAUACAAUGGCUGCAAUCGUGGCAAUCUUGGGGAUCGUGGUUACACCGGUUACAGAAGCCGGAAAAGCUUUAGUGGUUACUAUAAAGCGUCAGGCCAGUUAUCUCCUUUGCUAUAGAAGUAAUGUCGAUGAUCUUAACAAUGAAGUCGAAAACUUGUUAAGGACAAGAAAUGAUGUACAGAGAAAGGUGGAUGCAGAUCGUCGGAAUGGGCAAGUGAUCACAAACGAUGUUCAGAAAUGGUUGAAAAAGGUAGAAAAUGUCAAAGAAGAUGCAAACAGAUUCAAUGAUCAAGUUAAAGAGAGCAUCAGCUGUUUCAACUUGCGCUCACGUUACUGUCUCGGUAAAGAAGCAAAAAAGAAGAUGGAUGAUGUUUGUAGGCUCCAAACAGAGGUGAAAUCCAUUAAUGCAUCAUACCCUCCACCGCCUCCAACCAUCGAAUCCUUGCCUGCUAGGGGCUUUAUGCCUCUUGAAUCCACAGAAUUUUCUAUGAAUCGAGUCAUGGAUGCACUAAAGGAUGGCAGCAUCAACAUGAUUGGGGUGUAUGGCAUGGGGGGUGUAGGCAAGACGACCUUGAUGAAACAAGUGGCCAAGAAGGUGAAAAGUGAAGAACUUUUUCAUGAGGUUAUCAUGGUGACGCUAACCCAGAAACUUGAAUUGAAGACCAUUCAAGGUGAGAUUGCAGAAAAAUUGGGCCUGAAACUCGAUGUGGAGAGUCAAGAUGUAAGAGCAAUGAAGCUGUCAGAGAGAUUGACGCAUGAGCUGAAGAGCAAGAAAAUCCUUUUGAUCUUUGAUAAUCUAUGGGAAAGGUUGGAGCUAGACGACGUAGGAAUCCCUUUAGAAUGGAAUGAUAAAGGUUGUAAGAUUGCAUUUACUACACGAAGCGUGGAAAUAUGCAAUGACAUGGACAGCCAAGAAAAGGUCCCUGUCAAUGUGUUAUCGAAAGCAGAUGCAUGGAAUCUAUUCAAGGAAAAGGCAGGUGAUGCUAUCGACUCCUUUGAAUUGAAUGUUGUGGCAAAAGAAGUUGUCAAGGAAUGUGGGGGCUUGCCUCUAGCGAUUAUCACACUUGGAAUGGCAUUACAAGAUAAGGAUAAAAAAGUGUGGGAUGAUGCACUACUACAAUUACAAAGGUCUAAUCCUACAAACAUCGAGGGUAUGGAUCAGAAGGUGUUCUCUUCUUUGGAGAUGAGUUACAAUUACUUAGAAAGUAAGGAGGCCCAGGUAUGCUUCUUGUUUUGCUGUUUAUUUCCAGAAGGUUAUUCUGUUUCUGAAAAUGAGAUGAUGAAAUAUGGAAUUGGGGAAGGUCUCUUCAAGGAUGUUAAUACAUUGGAGGAAGUAUCAUGUAGAGUUCAUAUGUUGUUCGACAAACUUAAGGCUUCAUGCUUGUUGCUAGAAGGAGAUAGAUCAAACUCUGUAAAAAUGCAUGAUGUUGUUCGAGACGUCGCCGUAUCAAUAGCAUCAAGAGCUGAGCAUGGGUUUUUGGUAAAAGCCAAAGUAGGUUUGAAAGAGUGGCCAGAGAUUAAAAAUGUGCAGAAAUGUAAGAGGAUUUCUUUAGCAGACAAUGAAAUUUGUAGACUUCCUAAUCAAAUUGAGUGUCCUCGGCUCCUGACCUUGCUUUUGGAUAGUAAUCAUUUUUUGAAAGAGAUUCCCAAUGGUUUCUUUCAAGGGAUGAAUUCCCUUAAAGUUUUGGAUCUAUGUGACAUGGAUAUCUCAAUGUUGCCCCCAUCACUAGAGUGCCUAAAAAACCUUCGGAUGCUAUGGUUGGAUAGAUGUCCUCGGUUAAAAGAUGUAACUCUAAUUGGUAGAUUGAAGAAGCUGGAAAUACUUUGCUUACAAAAAACUGGCAUCUGUGAACUGAAAGAAAAAAUGGGUGAGUUAGAAAAUCUAAAGCUCUUGGAUUUGAUGGAAACGAAUUCUCUUGAAAUGAUAGCACCAAAUGUCAUAUCAAGGAUGACUCGCUUAGAGGAACUGCGAAUGGGAAAUAGCUUUGGCAAGUGGGAAGUUAUGGGAAAUGGAGAUGCAAGACAAGCAAGCUUAGCUGAGAUGGCAUCCUUGUCUCGGCUAACCGUUUUAUACAUCCAUGUGGAAAAUGUCGAAUGCUUGGCUCAGGACAUCCCUGGUCCAUGGAAAAACCUAAAGGAAUUCUGCAUAUGUGUGGGCAGAGAUUACACGGACGGCAAAGCAGAAAGGAGUAUAAAAAUUAAGAAUUCACCAUGUCCAAAUGCAAAGUGGGUUGAGGAGCUGUUUAACAGAACAUACGAGCUAGAAUUAAUGCAUUGUGAGGGACUCGACAAUCUCAUGCAGUCACAUGAACUUGGUUUCAAUAGCUUAGAGAUCCUUCACAUCGAAAAAUGUGGCGAAAUGGAACAUGUUAUAAGUUUAGAAGAAGAGCCUCUGCAAAAUGUAUUUGAGCAUUUGAAUAAGUUGUCACUAGAAGAGUUAAUGAAUCUAAAGACGAUCUACUGGGCCAACUUCCAGCCGGUUUCCUCCAAAACCUGA